CGAUGAGUCAGAGCAGUGCAAUCCUGACACUGCAUCGCAGUACUGGGGGUGACACGGAGGGAGGGAGAACGAUCGCGAGGCGGACACCACAGGCGCGGGGUGCGCCGAGGCUCCUGCGCCGCCAGCGAGAGGUGACAGCCCGCGCGUCCCUCCCGGGCCCCGCCAGCAAACUUCCCAGUCUCGGGAGGCGCGGGCUGGUGGAAGCCCUGCGAGCGCCGCGGGGAGGCGGCGGCGCCUGUUUGUUUUUAAAAUCGAGGAGUGCGUGCAGGCUGCUGGAGUCUGAGGGGAGACCGAAGGCGGCGGCCCGAGGCGGAAAAGGGACAGCAGAUGCCGGAGCUCGGGCAGGAGCGGGCUGCAGGACCCUGUGGAGCAUCAUGAACUGGGAAGAGUAGACAAGCUCAAGAGUGUCUCCGUGAAGAGGAAGGAGCGGCCGGCAGUUCUUUCUCCCUGUGCCUGACCACAUCGGCCAGCAUUUUUCUCUGCCCCUGUUCAGCUCCCACUGGCUCCUGGACAAGGGCAGAGCUUCCAGCAGGACCUUCCCCCAGGGGAUGGGCAACUGGUAAAGUAGGUCUCACUGCCCGGGCCCAGUUGGCCACACCAUGAACCUCCAGGCCCAGCCCAAGGGGCAGAACAAGAGGAAGCGUUGCCUCUUUGGGGACCAGGAAGCAGCUCCCAAGGAGCAGCUCCCACCCCUGCAGGCCCCACAACAGCCCCCGGCCCCACCACAGUCCACCAGAGUGAAGGAGGAGCCUUACUUUGGGCACGAGGGUCCGACAGGGGCCGCCCCUGCCUCCCAGCCUGUGGAACUCCCCAACAGCCUGGCCCUGCUGAACUCCGUGGUGUAUGGGCCUGAGCGGACCACGGCGGCCAUGCUGCCCCAGCAGGUGGGCUCCAAGUGGCCCAACUCAGUGAUGGCUCCGGGGCGGGGCCCCGAGCAUGGAGGGGGCGGGGGCGUCAGCGACAGUGGCUGGCAGCAGCAGCCCGGCCAGCCUCCACCCCACUCAUCAUGGAAUUGCCACAGCCUGCCCUUCUACGGAGGACACAAAGGAAGCCCUCAUCCUGGCAUGGGGGUCUCCACCUACUAUAACCACCCCGAGGCCCUGAAGCGAGAGAAAAGCGGGGGGCUGCCGCUGGACCGCUACGAAAACGCCGGGCGGCCAAUGAUGCCACAGAAGGUACAGCUGGAGGUAGGGCGGCCCCAAGCACCCCUGAACUCGUUCCAUAUGGCCAAAAAGCCCCCAAACCAAACGCUGCCCCUGCAACCCUUCCAGCUGGCGUUCGGCCACCAGGUGAACCGGCAGGUCUUCCGGCAGGGCCCGGCGCCCCCGAAUCCCGUGGCCGCCUUCCCGCCGCAGAAGCAGCCGCCGCCGCCGCAGCAGCCGCAGCAGCCGCAGGGAGCCCUGCCCCAGAUGCAGCUCUUUGAGAACUUUUACCCCAUGCAGCAGCCGCCCUCGCAGCAGCCCCAGGACUUUGGCCUGCAGCCUGCCGGACCGCUGGGGCAGUCCCACCUGGCUCACCACGGCAUGGUGCCCUACCCCUUCCCCCCCAACCCUGAUAUGAACCCAGAACUGCGCAAGGCCCUCCUGCAGGAGUCCGCCCCGCAGCCCGUGCUACCUCAGGCCCAGAUCGCCUUCCCCCGCCGUUCCCGCCGCCUCUCCAAGGAGGGCGUCCUGCCCUCCACUGCCCUGGAUGGGGCUGGCACCCAACCCGGGCAGGAACCUGCCACCAACCUGUUUCUACAUCACUGGCCCCCGAAGCAGCCGCCACCUGGCCCCCUGGGACAGCCUCAUCCUGAAGCUCUGAGAUUCCCGCUGGAGCUGAGGGAGUCGCAGUUGCUGCCCGAUGGGGAGAGACUGGCACCCAAUGGCCGGGAGCGGGAGGCUCCCCCCAUGGGCUGCGAGGAGGGCCUGAGGGCGCUGGGGGCAGGGGACUGUGGGCAGGUGCUCCGGGGCGGGGUGAUCCAGAGCACGAGGAGGCGGCGCCGGGCAUCCCAGGAAGCCAAUUUGCUGACCCUGGCCCAGAAGGCAGUGGAGCUGGCCUCACUGCAGAAUGCAAAGGACGCCAAUGGCUCUGAGGAGAAGCGGAAAAGUGUGUUGGCUUCAACUACCAAGUGUGGGGUGGAGUUUUCUGAGACUUCUUUAGUGGCCAAGCGAGCACGAGAGGACAGCGGGAUGGUGCCCCUCAUUAUCCCCGUGUCUGUGCCUGUGCGGACUGUGGACCCGACUGAGGCGGCCCAAGCUGGAGGCGUUGACGAGGAUGGGAAGGGUCCUGAGCAGAACCCAGCUGAACACAAACCGUCAGUCAUUGUCACCCGCAGGCGGUCCACUCGCAUCCCCGGGACUGAUGCCCCAGCUCAGGCUGAAGACAUGAAUGUCAAGUUGGAGGGGGAACCUUCUGUGCGGAAACCAAAGCAGCGGCCGCGUCCUGAGCCCCUGAUCAUCCCCACCAAGGCGGGCACAUUUAUCGCCCCUCCAGUCUACUCCAACAUCACCCCAUACCAGAGCCACCUGCGCUCUCCUGUCCGCCUGGCCGACCACCCCUCUGAGCGGAGCUUUGAGCUGCCCCCCUACACACCACCUCCCAUCCUCAGUCCUGUGCGGGAAGGCUCCGGCCUCUAUUUCAAUGCCAUCAUGUCAACGAGCAGCAUCCCAGCCCCUCCUCCCAUCACGCCAAAGAGUGCCCAUCGCACCCUGCUCCGGUCUAAUAGUGCUGAAGUCACCCCACCUGUCCUCUCUGUGAUGGGGGAAGCCACCCCAGUGAGCAUCGAGCCGCGGAUCAACGUAGGCUCCCGGUUCCAAGCAGAAAUCCCCCCAAUAAGGGACCGUGCCCUAGCUACUGCCGAUCCCCACAAGGCCGACCUGGUGUGGCAGCCAUGGGAGGACCUAGAGAGCAGCCAGGAGAAGCAGAAGCAAGUGGAAGACCUGCUGACAGCUGCCUGCUCCAGCAUCUUCCCUGGAGCUGGCACCAACCAGGAGCUGGCCCUGCACUGUCUGCACGAGUCCAGGGGAGACAUCCUGGAAACGCUGAAUAAGCUGCUACUGAAGAAGCCCCUGAGGCCCCACAACCACCCACUGGCAACUUAUCACUACACAGGCUCCGACCAGUGGAAAAUGACUGAGAGGAAGCUGUUCAACAAGGGGAUUGCCAUCUACAAAAAGGACUUCUUCCUGGUGCAGAAGCUGAUCCAGACCAAGACCGUGGCCCAGUGUGUGGAGUUCUACUACACCUACAAGAAGCAGGUGAAAAUUGGCCGCAAUGGGACACUCACCUUCGGGGAUGUGGAUACAAGUGACGAUAAGUCGUCCCAGGAAGAGGUUGAAGUGGAUAUUAAGACUUCCCAGAAGUUCCCCAGGGUGCCUGCUCCCAGAAGAGAGUCCCCAGGUGAAGAGAGGCUGGAGCCCAAGAGGGAAGUAAAGGAGACCAGGAAGGAGGGGGAGGAAGAGGUGCCAGAGACCCAGGAGAAGGGGGAGCAGGAAGAGGGGCGAGAGCGGAGCCGGCGGGCAGCGGCUGUCAAAGCCACACAGACACUACAGGCCAAUGAGUCGGCCAAUGAUGUCCUCAUCCUUCGAAGCCAUGAGCCCAAUGCCCCUGGGUCUGCUGGUGGCCAGGCCUCAGAGAAGCCAAGAGAGGGGCCAGGAAAGCCACGAAGGGCACUACCUUUUACGGAGAAGAAGAAAAAACCAGAGACAUUUAAUAAGACACAGAAUCAGGAGAACACUUUCCCUUGUAAAAAAUGUGGCAGGGUGUUUUACAAGGUGAAGAGCCGCAGCGCCCAUAUGAAGAGCCACGCAGAGCAGGAGAAGAAGGCCGCAGCUCUGAGGCAGAGGGAGAAAGAGGCCGCAGCUGCUGCGGCCACCACGGCCGUGGCCUCCCCCCACCAGCCGGCCCUGCGGGAGGAAAGCACUGGCGAGAGGGGCUGAUGUGCAAGGCGCCCCCUGGAGACCCUGGACUAGCCCCUCUUCCUGGGAGGCCGGCGCUCCCUGCACCAGCCCUGUGGAAGCGCCUACAAGCAUCCUGGAACGUGUGGAGGGAGAGAGGAGAGAUCACAUGGACUUUUCUCAGAAAAACAAAUAAGACAAUGAAAUAAACAGCUCUUUUAUUUAUAAAGGCCCCAGGAGCAGUGUUAAGGGCUGCAGGAUCCAGUUCUCUGUGCAUUCAGUCUGUCGGAAGUUGUCCUCAUGUUUUCCUGGAACUGUGAGCGUCCCUGCUCGCUGGGGCUGCCCUCUGGAAGGGGCUCCAGACACCACCGCUGCCUCUCCCUGAUGCUGCGCAGUCUCUUCUCAUCCUCUUUGUUCUCUCUGCUCCCCUUGGUCACCGUGGAGAGCCAAGCACAAGCUCACCCCUCCUCUCCAGCAUUAUCCCUCCUCUCCAGAGGACCUCAAAGGCCCUGCCCCAAGCCCUGGGAAAAGGAACUGGGGUGGCCAUCUCUGAGAGGGAGCUCAGCCUGGCACCUGUGCUUGCCCUGCACAACAAUGUCCAGGCCUAAGUGGCUCCAGUGACCCUGUCCUCAGAGAGGCUUCCUUCCUGGGAGGGAAGCCACUGGAAUGUCUGGAGGGAGAGAGACUGAGGACAAGUACCUGUACCUGUACUACUUGUUAGCAGUUUGCUGGGGCUGGAAGGUUUUCGCUCACGUUUAGGGAAAGGCCAGUGUCCCUGUCCAAGCUCUCAGCCUGCUGGAGGAAGGAGGCCUGUGCUGAGGAUGGCAGCUGCAGGGCGCCUGAGGGAAGUUUUGACAAGCGUUGGCUCUUCCUGCUUCCCACCUUUUUGCCAAAUAACCUCUGGGCCCUGGGGCCUGCUAAGGGAGCUUAACCCAAGCCCAGCCUGCCCCUGUUGGUGCAAGCUCUCUGCCUGCCUCUGCCCUGCCCUUGGCAGCUGCUGCCUAACCCCACCCCACCUGGUCCAGUGCUGAUAUCCACAGCCCAGCCCCCAGCCCUGCAUGCUGGAGAUUUCUGGAUCCUUCCCUGGGAGGGGGAGGUCUCCUAACCAGAUUGGACAGGAGCCUUCAUUCCUUGACUUGUGUCAUUUGGGAGCUAUUUAUUUAUUCUUAAUAUUUAAUUUUUAACAUCCUCUCAGGGACCAGGGGCCUCCUGCUUUCCAGAGGCCCAAGUGCAUUUAUCCCAAAACAAGGCACCUUCUUGGCAUCUGCCCCACUCCCCCCACCCCAUUCCCAAGACCCUAAGGUCCCUCACCUUGUUGCUCUGGAAGCUCUUGCCAAUAGGAAUGCUGGUAGUGCUGAAAGAGGGUGGAAAGGUGGAAGGUGUCACCAAAGCCACACAGAGACUGGUGGGAGCAAGGGAGAUCAAAGGCUGUUCUUGUUGCUACCUCUUUGGCUGUACUUUCCAAUUGUCUGAGGGGAUUAGCUGGAAGCCAGAAUUCUGGUUUUGUUUCUGGCUUGAAGCAGCCAUAUUUGGCAUGGGAUCACUGUAGUGAAAGGGCUAGAAGGUUCUGGAGGCCUUUUUACUUGCCAGUCCCACAGGAGGGCUGAGUUAUUUUUCUGAUCUUGCUAUUCAACUUUAGUUGUACAAAAGAAGUUCUAAGUGAAUGCAAGUAUACAGCAGGUCAACAUGGUAGGAAGGAGCAAACAAGUAUUCAUUCUGCUACUCAUGAGGUAGCCUAAAGGCAUCAUGUUGGUAGCUGGGAGUGGGGAGGGAGUUUUGUUUCUAAACUAUGCACUAUCAGGUAUUUUUCAGCAUUCAUUUAUGUGUUAAUAUGGCUCUACAGGACCCAAGCUAUGGGAGCAACAAAAUUCUCCCCUCAAACUCCUGGACAGCUACCUAGAUUUCCAACUUCCCAGUUAAUUUCCUCCAUAAGCUUCUAUAAACUGAGUAUCCCAAGAUUGCAAAAAUCUGGUAUACCCUCCAGAAACAGGAAGGUAGCAAAUUUAGGCUCUCUUCUAAAUCGCUUGUGUCAUGAGUGCCUUCAAAGCUUCGCCCCAAAGUGCUACUUAUGUUUCCCAAGGUUUUCUCUAUUUAAAUUGUAUUUAGUUUCAGGCCCCUUUAUGGACAUGUUGUAACAGAAACCUCCUUUGUUUAGAGUGAUUCUCCUUUCUAAGUUCAUGGAGACCAGACCAGGUGAAUGUAGCUGGAGAAAACCAAGAUGGUACCUCUCUGUACUAAUCCCAUCAGACAUGGUAUUUUAGAAGGGUUCAUGCUCCAGAAUAGAUUUAUAUCUUGAAUGUGGUGUGAAAGUUAAAAUGUGUAGAGGGCAGAUGCAAUUGUGCCAUGUGAUCUGCCAAUUAAGUAGGUGCAGCCAUAGAAGCUGGCAUAGGUAUAUCCUUUAUGGUGCUUUCUCCCUGUGAACACAUUAGGCUCAUCUUUUGUUUUUCUUUUCUGUUUCUUCUAUUCAGAGCUCUUAGCUUUAAGAAGUUAAAUGACAAACACCUCCAGUUUUGUAAUGUCCUCCCCACACCAUCUUACAUAACCUUCUCCCAGCCUCCAUCUGCACUCAGCAAGGGCAUGAAACUAACCUAGUGCCUGUAUUCCAGACCAUUUCUGAGGUCUCUUACCCACCCAAGGAGACAGUGCUUCAGAACUGUCCUCCAUGCCUUCAGCAGCCCCCCUCACAGCUAAGGUACACACCUAUCCCUUCUGCCACCCCACCUCCACCCCUGGCACAGAGGUUGUGUGCUGCUUAUGUCUAAAGGGAUCCCCUAUAUUUAACUGCCUCAGUGACCUAACCUCUUUCUUCUCAUGUGCCAGAUGUUAAGAUGAAGGAGGAAUACAACACAUACUCAAGCCCCAUAUGUUUAAAUGUUUUCACUGGGGCUCACUUUUCCUGGAUGGUAUUUAUUACCAGACUGGCAAGCCUAAAUCCUUAGGUUUACAGGAAGUAUGCAUAUUUUUAUAAAACAAUUGUAUGUCCUCCACAUAUUUUGCUGUGUUAAUACUUGCCUCUAAUAAUUUGCAGCUGUUUCAACUUUUCCUCAUUUGUCUCUCAGUUGAAGGCCUUGUUGGAGGGAACAGAGCACAGGAACAGCCUUGACAGUCUGUAAUUAUUGUACAAAUAUUUUAAUAGCAUAUAAAUAAGUAUAUUCCUUUUAUUUUGAAAAAAAUGAUCAGACACUGCCUUUUGUGUGUUUGCUGCCUGUGGCACCCUUUUUUAAAAAGACUGUUACAUAUUAAAAUAGUGUACAUAUAUAUAAAUAUUACCUCUUUUGCUGUACAGUUGUGAUAGAUAAGACUGAAGAUUUUAUUUUUUGUGUGCUUUUUAUAAAAAAAUUAAUACACUAAAGAAAAUCUU